AUGCCCAAAAAUCGCCCUGCUACUUCGGGAUACGCCCGCCUUGCUCAGGCCGAAGAGGAGCAAGGAUACCUUCACGAUGACUCAGAAGACGACGAUAUCGCCAUCUCGACCGUGUCUACCUCAGCUCCUCGAUACGCACCCAUCUCCUCCCGAGCCCAGAUGCAGGCGUCCGGUCUCCACACACCAUCCGGCCAUCGGCGCAGGCACAGUGGCUUCCAACACCCUCGAGGGCGUCGGAAUUCAGGGGUGGAUAUCAAGGCCAUCAAUGCACGUCUUGAAAAAUGGGCGGACGAGAUUGCCUCCAAAUUCAAGAUCAACCGCGUCAAGGGCAAGAGCUAUGAGGAAGAAAAGUUGGAGAUUUACCAUUCUGUCUUCCAGGCACCCCCGGGAAUUACUCCGGUGACCGCUGAAGCUCUUGAGUCCGAUGAAUUUGAAGGCCAGCAACGGCAGGCCCGCGCCGAGUACGAGGAAAUCAUAGAAAGCGUGCGUGUUGCAAUUGAAAUGGGCAUACAUCCUCGGAUGAUCUCACAAGGAAGCUCGGGCAGCUACUUUGCUCGAAACGCGGAGGGCAGAGUGGUCGGUGUUUUCAAGCCGAAGGACGAAGAGCCAUACGCCUCACGCAACCCGAAAUGGACGAAAUGGAUUCACCGCAACUUGUUUCCUUGUUUCUUUGGUCGCGCUUGCCUCAUUCCCAACCUUUCCUACGUCUCGGAAGCCGCCGCAUACGUUCUCGAUGCCCGCCUGCGCACGAAUCUCGUUCCCUAUACUGGCAUUGUGCGACUAUCUUCGAAAUCCUUCUUUUAUGACUUUUGGGACCGCAGGAAGGCUCGGAAAGGGAAGAAAGUUCUUCCUCCGAAGGCUGGCAGUUUUCAAGUCUUCCUGAAGGGUUUCAAGGAUGCCAACAUCUUCCUCCGAGAGCACCCCUGGCCUGACCAGGCGAAUACGGGAUUCCGCGCUGAGGAUGCUCCGAAACGCAAGAAACGCCCGUGGAAUGAGGCCUGCCGGCCUUCCGGGGUGCACUCGGACGAUGAGGAUGACGAAGACCCUGGCUAUGUGCCCUCACCAUCCCGUUCGCAGGACGAAGGCGCUGAGCGCCGGUUCUACUGGACGGAAAAUCUCAAGCAAUCUUUCCGCGAGGAGUUGGAGAAGCUUGUGAUUCUGGAUUAUAUAAUGCGAAAUACCGACCGAGGUCUUGACAACUGGAUGGUCAAGAUUGACUGGGGAACAGAGCAAGUAUCUAUCGUGGCAGAGCCCCCCAAGAACACCGACCCACAGCCGAAACAUGAUGAGGAUGAGCUUAUGCCUCCACCUCGGCCUGUUUCCGUGAACUCGAAUGGAACACCCAAGCCCGCCUCACAUCCAUAUAGGCGGCAUGAGACGAUGAUGGCUGUCAGCCGUACUGGAACACCACUCGCCUCUUCGGAGCAGUCAGCAUCGGUUCAGCUCGGUGCUAUCGACAACAGUUUGUCUUGGCCAUGGAAACACCCGGACGCCUGGCGUAGCUUCCCUUUCGGUUGGCUUUUCCUACCGGUCUCCCUGAUCGGUCAACCAUUUUCGCAGAAAACCCGCGACCAUUUCCUUCCUUUGCUUACAUCCACUGCCUGGUGGAGUGGGACACAAAUGGCGCUGCGUGGCGUUUUUUCCCAAGAUGAUGACUUCAAGGAGAGCAUGUUUGCUCGACAAAUCGCUGUCAUGAAAGGUCAGGCCUGGAACGUGGUGGAAACAUUGAAACAUGCGGAUCACGGUCCACUUGAACUGACUCGAAGGACGCGAGUUUGUGUGUGGGAUGAUUUGGUUGAUGUCCCCGUCGCUAUUCCGAUGCGCCCACCUUCCAUGGAUAGACAAAGAAACCAAUCUAUGAAUUACGACCCUCAUGAAGAAGAGAUGGAUAUCGGUACAUCUUCCGAGCCGAUGCCUGAGCAUGACUUAUUGGGAUUGAAUACGCCAGGCGAUUUGCCUAAUCCGAACCGGUUCGAACUCACCCGUGGUCGAGCUGAUGCUGACAGCGAAGGUGCUGAUGGUUCUAUUGUUAGCGCUGCAACCCUAAACGACCUUGAUCGCCGGAAUGCAGAUAGUGCCGGAGAGUGGGCUUCCCUUCCUUCCCAUCAGCACAAGCAUCGCAAAAACGGCGGUUCGAUGUCUUCGCGUCUUCCUCGCGUCAACACUUUUGGCAGCGAUGAUAUUGAGGGAGAUCUUGGCUACGCAGUUGCGGAGGGCAUGGAAGGCAACCAGCGCAAGGUGAUUGUUGAGCGCCUGGAAGCUGUCAAGAGCAAAAAUCCCGUUUUCACCUGGUGCUAA